AUGGUCGACCCUCUCUCAGUCAUUGGGAGUGCGAUGGCUGGAAUACAGCUUGUAUCGGCGGCUGCACAGGCACUGCUUGCUACUAUCAAGCUGAUGAAUGAUCUGAAGGACGUGCCCGAAAGGCUUGCCUUACUCCUGAACGAAGUGGACGACUCCAUAUCACGCCUUUGUUACUGUUGUAAUGAAGGAUCGAAGCUUUUCCAUAACCUAGAUCCUUCUCAACAGGAGCGUCUCUCUCGAACUACGAGCGCGAUUUAUCCUGCUUUGCAAGAUAUACACAAGAUGUUAACACCUCUACUGGGCAGUAGUCGAACUAGGGCAUCAUCGGUUCGUCGUUUGUGGAAAUCAGUCCUGUCGCUGAAAGUCGAAAAAGAGCUGCUCAACCUAGAGGUGAUUCGUGAGCUUGGAAUAGUCGGGUUAGAAGUGCAAGUGAACACACAGGGGAUCGUCAUAGCGAACGAUCUAACCUCAAGGGAUGGGUUUUCCAAUAUCGAAGCCAAGAUGGAUUUACUGCGAAACGACUUUCAGAACUUCACUAUUUCGAUGCACCGAGCAACACCUGUUACGUCCAAAACCUCGGGCUAUUUCAUCGAUCCAGAGAAGCAGAAUUUAUCACUUGCGGACGGAUUGAACGAAAACAGCUGGAGCUUGAAUAGCAGGCCAGACCACUAUUCAGAUAGCAUUUCAGGAUCAACCUUAGGCACUCAGACGCCACCCGAAGGAGAAAGCCUCUCCCAGCAAAAAGCAGAACAGUUACGUCGGUAUCUUGCCGGGCGCUUUGAAACCGCUAUCAUAUCUGGACCUAACCAGGUAUCAACGAGCACCCUCCCAAAUGCAAAUCUUGAAUUUGUCCUCUUCAGCAUCCGGACUUUCUACACAGUGGGAAAUUUUGAUGCAUCACCAACCAUAACGAAGACCAAGUUCUGGGAGGAUACAGACCUAGCCAUAUACCUAAUGAAGGCCUCAAAGGGGGAUAAACGUGGCGCAGGCCGGAGCAAGGUUCGAGCGUUCCAACUUCUCAAGAAGUCAACAGUGGACACAACCUACACCAUGAGCCAGGGCACAGCCACUAUCCUAAUCGAGCUGCUGAGUACACUGUCACCCAUCAACACCACCGCGUGCCCUGAGGUUCGAAAGAAUCUGAUCGUCUAUUUGAGUGAACAAGCAAGGACUCAGUUAUCAUGCAAUCACCCAAUCGCGCUCGUACUACACGCGCUCAAGAACGACAAUGGUGACAACGACCUCGCGCUCCGCGCGCUCACAUUCAUCACUGAGCGACUUCGCGCUACAUUAGGUCCCAUCCAUGAUCUAACACAGCUCGCAACCAAGCGUCUAUGUGCGCUUCUACGCCGCAGUGGUGACUUGUCCGAGACGCUACGAGUGACCCGUGACGGUAUACGCGCCAUUCGCGCCUUACAAGCACCCGGUUCGCUGCAAGAGCGCUGGCUCUCGCGCCAGCUUGAGCAUGUGUAUACGCGCCAGUGCGACUGGGAAGCUGCUCUGAGUGUAUGCUUCGACAUCAUAGGACAGCAGCGGCUGGAUACCUCAGAGCCAGACCCGUUGUACCAUGAUGAGUGCGCAGUAUACACGAUGGAGGACAUUGCGGAGACGUGCGAGCGUGCUGGAAACUUGGGCCAGGCAGUUGCUUGGCUUAAACAAGCCAGGAUCAGUGGUGGCAUGGUUUGGGGUAAUGGGGAUGCUCUGGCACAUAUUCAAGAUAAGCUGCACGAGUUGUUGAGACAGAUGGGGAAGGAAGAUGAGCUGAGGUUUUGGGGUGUAUCGUCAGGCCCUGUAACCAAUUGUGAAUAA